UUUGCAGUUGCAAGAUGUGUGUUUUCUGUGCUGUUCGGUUGCGCGUCGGAUUUAGGUGAAAAAUGCUUGUUUUUUCUCGAUAGUUUAUUGGUGCAUACAUUGCCGGAAGUUCUGGCAGUGAAAAGAAGGGUGCUUUUUGUGUUUCAAAUCUGAAGUGUACGGUUUGUAGAGCGACAGCGGAAAAAAACAAGAUCCUCGUUCAGCAGCAAACCGACUUUGAACGAAAAACUUCCAAUCCUCAUCAACGGCAGGUGGUUGUUCUGAUCGUGCUUCUCCCUCUGGCGCAGGGGUAGAGAUAGGCUCGGAAGGGCCGCAAGUAGCAAGGAAGAAAAGCAAUCAUCAUCAUUCCUGCCUGCGUGCUGUGUUGCGCGUGCAAGUGUGUGUGAGUGUGUAUGCGCGCGUAUGCACCGGUGACCGAACCAACAGAAAAAAAUGGUUCUGAUUAGCUUACCUGUGUACGUGCAUGUGUAAACCGUGUAAAUCCGUUGCACCUCGAUUCGCGAUGAUCCUUGAUUCUGAGAUUGUUACGAUCAAUAGCGAUUGCAAGUAUCCAGUACGUACGUGCGGAAAUAAAUUAAUUCGAUUAGUGAUGUUUUGUCGAGCCGAGAACCUGGUGCAGAGAGUUCCACCUCUGUGCUCAAGCGCAGGAGCGAAAGAGUGAGAACCAUAAUAUUUUGAAACCGACCGCGCUGUUAUGACAACGGAAGAAUAACAGAUUCUGGUGAACAAAAAUGUGUCAAAGGCAAAUUUUUGUAGGGUGUUCGCAAUCGAUGUGUAUCACAAAGGAUCGAUUUUAGAAGAAAAAAAAAGUUGGCUUUGAAUAUUAGUACAGAGGAAAACACACAAAUUUAGUGAGUUGCUGUGAGAAACAGGUGAAUACUACAGUGAGAAAACGUUCCCCAUAAUGAAGGUUACGGUUUGCUUCGGAUCCACACGGUUUGUAGUUCCGUGUCCACCCGGAACAACCGUACGGAAACUGGAACAGGAGGCGAUUAUCCGCUACAAGAGAAAGAAUCCCGAAUCGUGGGUCGUAGUGCACCACUUGCAGUCACAAUCCGGCAUACUAGAUCCGGAUGAUCACAUAAGCGAUGUAGCCGAUGACCGGGAGGAGAUAAUCGCCAGCUACGAGGACUGUCCCGGUGGACCUGAUCCGGGCGUUCCACAGGGUGGAGGAGAUGGCGCUAGUGGUAGUUCGGUUGGAACCGGUAGUCCCGACAUUUUUCGUCCCGAACCGGGCAAGUACGGUCCGGAAAGCUCAACACCUCACAUUGAGGUUACCUCGAACGAACAACCUCCGGGAGGGCUUGGACUGCAAGUCAGACGUGGCAGUGAACCCUCCCUGCAUCAGCUGGGCGUAACGGAUCAACGAAGUCCGUUGUAUAAUGUCAGCCCAAAUGCACAUCAGGACACGAAACGAUGGUCGGCAGCUCCAGUCUGCCGAAUUGAUACGGAUCCACCUGAGAGGUUACUGUCACCAGCAAACGGCGGCGUUCCCUAUAUGGCACCCGAGUGGAAUGUGCUGCCAGAGGAAGAAUCUCACGAUAGUCUACCGCAGCAGUUUUCCCGUUCCGGGAGACUCUCGAUGCAGUUCCUCGGAGCCGAAGCCGCGAAUGGCUACCGCUGGAUCGAUGCUGCGGAACGAGCUGCGGCCAACGUUGCCCCGUACAACGGGGCCAGCGCUAACAGUAGCUUCAACUCGAAAUCUCUACCGCGGGAAUCGAAGCGAAAGGAACCGCUUGGGCAGGCAAAUGCCUCCUUCUACGAAUCGAUACGGGAGAAAGAUGGCGAAAUGCUCCUGGUGGUGAACGAAAACGGUGGUCCCCUGGGUCUAACGGCGAUCCCAGACCCGGACAACGGAGGACUGCUGGUGCAGAGUGUGGAACCGGGCGGGCGGGCCGAUCGAGGCCGGGUACGCCGCGGCGAUCGCAUUCUCGAAAUCAACAACAUCAAGCUGAUAGGUCUCUCGGAGAGUUCCGUUCAGGAACAUCUCAAGAAGAGUCUCUCAUCGCCGGAGCUAAGGUUAAGGGUGAUCCGAGCGGCAGUUGGUGCUAAACACAAGCGGGACAAUCGCGUCUCGCAGAUGAUCGAAGCGGAGGAGAAACCAACGACGACGGGUGCCAAAGUGGCAACGGUUUCGCCAACGAGAAAGAUUCCCGGUGCCCCGUCGGGGAUCAGUUUGCAGACGGCGAACACAAGAAAGCCCGGCAAACGGAUCGAGAUUUCACUCAAGAAGGGUAUCAAUGGGUUGGGAUUUUCGGUUACCACCCGGGACAAUCAAGCGGGCAGACAGUGUCCGAUCUAUAUCAAAAAUAUACUGUCGAAAGGUGCCGCCGUCGAGGACGGUAGACUGAAGCCGGGUGAUAGACUGCUGGAGGUGGAUGGUGUUCCAAUGACGGGCAAAUCUCAGAGCGAGGUUGUGUCCAUUCUUAGGGCAACAGAAUAUGGGGCGACUGUUGAAAUUGUUGUUUCCCGACAGCAGGAACUUGCUGAGGUGGAAGAGAGAGAAAUUGGAUGUGGAGUGGAGAGCGAACAAAAAAGUACCCCACCCAAGCCACCACCUCCGGUGCUACCCAAAUCGUCACUCAAGCAUAACACGCGUGCCAAAUCAGAGGAAAUUCUGGACACACACGAUUCCGGUCACAAUGUGCGAUCUAUGGGUCCUAAGCUAAAUCCAUCCAAUCAAACUAACGGCAGUAAUUCAUCUUCUGGGAUGCCGGCUGUUCAGAAGAAACCCUUGGCGUCGAUUCUGAAAUCCGCGUCAACUAAUCAGGUGUCGGAACUUUUCCAAGAACAAUCUCAACAGCAGCAACAGUCUGCUACGACUAAUCCGGCCGGGUUCCAGUGGAAGAAUCGAGAGAUUCUAACGCUACACAUUCCGGUACAUGAUACGGAAAAGGCCGGUCUCGGUGUCAGUGUGAAAGGUAAAACCGGUUCUGGCAAUAGUAGCAGUGGUAGCGCUGGAAGUAGUAAACACGAUGGCGAUUUGGGUAUUUUUGUGAAGAGUGUUCUUCAUGGUGGUGCUGCCAGUCGAGAUGGGAGGCUGAAGAUGAACGAUCAGUUGCUGAGUGUGAACGGAGUGUCUCUGCUUGGGCAAUCAAAUGCCGAAGCGAUGGAUACUCUCCGGCGGGCAAUACAGACGGGUGGAAGCAAUCAUCCGGGAAAGAUCAUUCUUACUGUGGCCCGUCGAAUAGGUCGACCAGUAAGUACCGGUGAGCUGUUGGAAACAAUCGAUAAUUCCAACUCUAGUGAUCAAUCCGGAGCGACUGUGAUCUAUCUUAGUCCGGACAAGCAACAGCAACCAGCUUCCGGUGAGAAGCAACAGCAGCAGCAGCAGCACAAACGCUACAGCAACCCGGUACUCGAUCGGCUAACCGGUGGUCAAUCCGGCAGCAACAGUAACAAUAACCUCAAUCCCUCAAGUGCCAGCGGCAGUACCAGUAACCAAAGACCCUCGCCACUGUCGAGUCACGGACUGCGCAACGAAAGUUACUACAUGGCCACUAACGACAACUGGAGUCCGGCAGCGAAUCUCAACGGUAGCCAUGCGGUACUGAUCGAAGAAGAUCCGGAACCGACCUCACCAACCUUCCACUUGGCACGGCCUUCGGACGAAAACAACUCCACGUCCACCCCGAACGGGGACGUCACGUACGCAAGUCAACUUUCACUGGAUACUAACCCACCGGCGGCGGAUGCAUUCAGCAGGGAUGCCAUCGGAAGGCGCUCUAUGUCCGAGAAGCAUCACGCCGCCCUGGAUGCACGGGAAACUGGAACCUACCAGCGGAAUAAGAAACUUCGCGAGGAACGAGAACGUGAUAAAAAGAUCGGUAAUGGAGUUGGAUCGGGAUCCGUUGAGUCCGUAACUCAGAUGGGUCGAAUGAGUAGUUUGAAGGCAAAAUCGGAUCUGCGGGCGGAAGCUUUGGACCGAUUGGGAGAGUUGGGCCCUUCGCUUGGUAUGAAAAAAUCUUCCAGCUUGGAGUCACUGCAAACGAUGGUGCAGGAGAUUCAAAUGGCUGAUGAACCACGGGGACCGACGGCGUUGCGAACACCGCGUGGACGUGGGCGGGAGGAGAUCUUGAGGGCUGCCGUGGAACGACCACCGGAGACGCAAGCCAAAAAACAUUGGUUGCUGGAAGAUGCUGCACCGGAUGUUGACUCGGGUGGUUUCGGGUCCCGUGGAAGCCCAUUCCAGUCGUCUCUAAAUGACGGUAAGAGUAAAAUUCGUCACAAGAAAAACGGUCUUUUCCGAGGUAUUGGUCACAUGUUCCGGUUCGGUAAGCAUCGAAAAGAUGGAAUAGCGCCCGCCAGUGAUAACGUCCCGGCCGAUUACACUGCUAGCUGGGGUGAUGUUCCGAUGAGUAACGGUGCGGUCAGCGCUCAGCAUAAAACACAAACACUGACAGUGAAGAACACCAGCUCGAAAGCGGCAAGCUCCAAUGGGGCAACGUCUAUCGCAGGUUUACCCAACGGAAUUGGAUCCGCAGGCGGUGGUAGCAGCGGUGGUGCUAACAAAGACUCGAACAAGACUAACACAAAUUCAAUCGAACGAUCUGCCAGCUCCGGGGUGGUAGUAAGUCAACCGCCCCUGUAUCAACCGCCGCCACCGCCUCCGCACCAGAAUGGCAGUACGAUGCCAACCUCGAUUCACCACACGGACGUGUUCAAUCAUCGCUAUUCGCACUACGUCAACUACGAGGAACUGCAGCAGCAGAUAAGUCGGCGUCAUCAUCAUUAUCAUUCCCAAAGAUCGGCCCGGAAUACACCGCCGGUGGAACUUGCCAUUCAUCAGCACCAGCAGCAGCUAGCCCAGCAUAAACUGAAACAAUCCCGUCCAGUGUCCACCUACUAUGACGGCGGCUAUGAAACCAUCCACCACAACGGAGGUGGUUCCCAGCGAAAAUCCAGCCAUCCAUCGUCUCCAUCGAAACAGCAACAACAACAACAGCAACACCAACAACAGAGUUCUUGGAACGGUACCGUGUCGUCGUCAACCAGUGGCAGUUUGGGUGCUGGUUAUCAAAAUCACGGUUCCAUACGAAGUCGGGGUCCUUUCGUGACCCAAGUGCAAAUUCAAAACCCGAUGCCCUAUCAGUGACCCUAUCGGAACCUGUGAUGCGAACAAUAAGCGUUUCCAUCCUGAUGAAAUGGCGAAAAAAAACACAGUCGAAAUCGAAUAACUAAUCUGUCCACGUCUCGAGUAUAAUUUUCACGAUUAAAAAAGUGAUGUUUUAUAUCACUUUUUUAGUUACCAUUAAUCUUAGACACUUUUCUCUCCGCUUAACUGUGUUUUUAGUAAUGAAACUAUUUUUUUUAAAGUACUACUUGACUCAAUCAUAUCGAAGCAACGCUUUGUUGCCUGUAUUUUGUAGACUAUUAAGAAACUAUCUUUACUUAAAGUGUACUUACGAAUGAUUAAGGUAACUAACGUUAAAGUUUGUAAAUUAUUGUACUGUACUACACUCAAAUUAUAUUGUGUAUAUAUUUAUCGAACAUUUAAAAAUCGUUAAUGAAAGAAGAGUUGAAAAUCGCUAGGAAGCAAGCCUAUUUUGCUAUUUGUUGAAAAAAAACCGCUGUACAUAUAUUAGAGUAAAUGAAACGAAUGGCCUUCGCGAUUUUUUUUCAUUGCCUUCAACAGUAGAUAAAGAGCGUUAGUUUAUAACUAAGCACGCCUCAAAGUACUUAUAUUUACUACUUACAUGAGAGAAAAAUAUGUUCUAUCAAACAGAAAUAUAAUAUCUUAAAUACGUGAAAAGAGACAGGAAUAUAUGUUAUAUGGAUAGAUGGUCUCAGAGUCGGUGGGUGAAAUAGUGAGAAAAAAAAUCAAGCGCUAUUACAGAUAA